AUGGCGUCGCAAGAGCUAAAGAUCAUAACCUCCAGCAUCGAUGUUGCUGAUGUCGAUGCAGCUGAGAAAGGCAUUGUCCUCGUCCACUCCACCACCUCUGAAGCUAAGUCGGGCAUGCCCGAUGCACCCAGCGCUCCCUUCGAUGAGGCAGCGACUAAGAGACUCCUUCGGAAGUUGGACUUGCGAUUGAUUCCCUUCCUGGCCUUGAUCUACUUACUAUGCUUCCUUGACCGCACCAAUGUUGGCAAUGCGCGUCUGUUCAGCCUUGAGAAAGACCUUCACAUGAAAGACCUCGAUUACAAUGUUGCCCUUGCCAUCAUGUUCCCAUUUUACGUCUUCGCCGAGGUCCCGAGUAACAUGAUGAUGAAGCGCAUCCGACCCAGUAUCUGGCUGGCGGUGAUCAUGGUUACCUGGUCUAUUGUUAUGAUCUGCAUGGGAUUCGUUCGCAACUAUCCCGGCCUUCUAGUCGGAAGAUCUUUCCUCGGCCUUUGCGAAGGUGGACUCUUCCCCGGCGUGAGUUACUACAUCACCAUGUGGUAUAAGCGUCGCGAGUGUGGUACGCGUCUCGCCUUCUUCUUCUCGGCAGCUACGGCAGCUGGCGCGUUUGGUGGCCUUAUCGCACGUGGUAUUGCUGAGAUGAAUAAUGUGGGUGGCUAUGCAGGCUGGAGAUGGAUCUUCAUUCUUGAGGGCUUACUCACACUUGUUGUUGGAAGCUUUGCGUACUGGAUCAUCCAGGACUAUCCCUCAACCGCUGGCUUUCUCAGUACAAAAGAAAAGAUCGAGGUCGAGCGACGACUUGCGGAUGACAAUGAUGGGCUGGCCACUGAAUUUAAUAUGAGAUAUGUUUAUCAAGCUUUGCGAGAUUGGAAAAUAUGGGUCAUGUCAGUCAUCGCCAUUGGUAUUCUUACGGCAAUAUACUCAAUCUCUUUAUUCUUGCCUACGAUCAUCAAGGAGAUGGGCUAUUCCAACGAUACUGCCCAGCUCAUGACUGUUCCGGUUUAUGUUGUGGCCUGCUUCUGCACUGUUGCUGGCAACUACGCCUCUGAUAAGAUAGGCCGACGCGGUAUAUUUGUUUUGGGGUUCGAAAUUAUCGCUAUCAUUGGGUUCGUGCUUUUGAUUGCCACGGGAAAACCUCAUGUUCAAUAUGCAGGAACUUUCUUUGCUACUUCAGGAAUAUAUUGUCUUUUUCCCAUGGUUCUCUCAUGGAACGGAAACAACAUCGGCGGUAGUCUUAAGCGCGGAGUUGGUAUUGCAAUGCAGGUUGGGAUCGGUAAUCUUGGAGGCAUUAUUGCAUCCUUUGUCUACCUAAUCAAGGACGAGCCAAGAUUCAUUAAUGGCCACGCCGUCCUAAUAGCACUCAUCUCCAUGAGUCUCGUGCUAACCCUCUUCAUGACCAUCUACCUCGGGCGCGAAAACACACGCCGCGAUGUCUUGCUUAGCCAGCAGAACCUUUCGCUUGAGAAUGUUAGCGACGACGAGAAAUACGUCCAACGCGAGAAGGGUGAUGACGCCUCUUUCUUCCGAUAUACUGUCUAA